AUCCUACAAAAAUGUGCUAAUUGAGCGCUGGGAGCAUGAGCGAAGUCUGAAUACAAAGCUUUGGGUGGAUAGGUAAUGGCAUGGCUAGAGAGAUUGUGUUAUUUGGAAGGAGUUUAGCCCCUCUGUGGUUUUCAUGCUAUACCACCUUGGUUGUUCCCUCAGCUAGUGAUAGAUCUAGGGUUGCUUGAGAGGCUAAUAGAUGUUGAGGAAGGAGUAGAUUCAGUUGUAAGUGAACAUUUAACAACACAGUACUAGGCUUUCUUUAAUAUAUUCACAGAUGGAUCUAAGGAGCCUAAAACAGGCAGGACAGGAACAGCUUUUAGAGGUUAAGGUGGCAGUGACGAAAAGAGCAACAGGUCAUUUAUCUGUUUACACAAUGGAGGUGGCCAUACUCUUGGCUGCGGAGUGGGUGGAGGAGGUGAGGGUGACGGGGUAGUCAUCUGCUCUGACUCCUGUGCAGCACUGAUGAGCUUAAAUUAAUUUGUGUCUCAGAGCAGACAGGAUGUAUUGUAGAGGUUUUGCAGUGCUUGUCUAGGGUGAAACAGAUGAUGGUAAUUGUGAUGUUCCUCUGGGUACCAGCUCACGUGGGAGUAGAGGGGAAUGAGGAGGUGGAUGUUAUCACCAAGCAGCCUCUUAAACAUCCUAAUGUUGAAAUGAAUUUGUUAGUCAGUAAAGCAGAAGCCAAGGGUUUAUGAGGACAGUGGUUAAAAACGUAAAAACAAAUGGCAAGAGUUGUGGAACAGGGAGGGAAAGGGAAGACACCUGUAUAAUAUCCAGGAAAUGUGGAGGGAAGGGAGGUCAUCAGACUGAGAGAGAAUGGAGGAAAGUGUGAUCACAAGGCUGAGACUGGUUUCAUCAUUGUCAGAAGGAGAUGGAGACAGUGAAACAUGUUCCAUUUCAGUGCCAGCAAUAUGUGAGGGAAAGGGAAAAUUUGUUGUUAGAUUUAAGGAGUAAUGGGGUUAAGGAGCCAAUAUUAAGUGAACUGCUGGGGAAAUCUUCAGGGGGUGUAGUAUUUAAUGAUGUAUUUUGCUUCCUUAGGGAGAUGAGAAUAAUGAGUGGGAUUUAGAUCUUCCGGUCUCUGGUUAACACUCCAGUCCAGUUGGUGGCGGUAAUGCACCUUAAAAAAAUCCAAUGAAUAAGAAAACGAAAGUAGUUUUUUCUCAGGACAUCCAACGCUCUGUCAGAAAAAUCUAUAGUUUGAGUUUGAAUCCUUGGGCAGUAAAGCACAGCAUGGGUUGGAAACUCUUCUACUGUGUUUUGACAUUGAUGGUUGGCCUUCUUGAAUGCCCCUCGAUUGGUAAUGGUAUCAUUCUUAAAACUGUGAAUUUGAAGGACAAUGUCACUCUCCCUUGCAAUGCAACCUGUGACAUUGGCAUCGUUUGGAGGAUUGUGGAUGGCCAGGUCGUUGCCAAGAUUGAUCAAGGAAAAUUAAUUGAAGGAAAGCGCUUUGAGAAGAGGGUGGAAAUCAACAAAGACCUCUCUCUCACAAUCAGCUCUGCUGUGUACAAUGACAAGGGCUCAUAUGUGUGUGUCUGUGAUAAUCGGAAUGUUGCAGAUGUAAAGCUAGAUGUUCUGGUCCCGACAGAAAUAUCAGCUCACGUCGGAGAUAAUGUCACACUUCACUGCUAUGGCUCAACCAAUAAGCAGGUGACCAAUGGUGAGAUGUAUGUCCAGUGGGAGAAAGAUGAACAGACUGUGCUGAAGAUUGACCCGACCAAUACUACCUAUGGCCCUGGAUUCAUGAACAGGAUGUCAGUGACCAGGGAUGGUUACGGAGAGGGUGACCUCUCUGGCACCAUCACCGAUGUACGCUCGUCUGACCAGGGAACCUACCGGUGCUUCUUCAACCGGGAUAAUGACCCAGGAUAUCCACAUGGAGUCACUCUCACUGUCAAAGAAAAGCAAUUGGAGCCUGCAAUGAUUGAUAGUGAAAGGAGUAGAGUACCAGUGAUAGGAAUAAUUUUUCUACAUCUGUCAAUCAUUUGUGUGCUCGGGUUACUGGCGAUGCACAAGAUAAACAGGAGACAGCCAACAGAGGACUACACAGUCACUAGAACAGAGGACAGCACAAUGAUUAACAUGGAACUUCCUGUUCCAGUUCAGGAUAGCCAACCGCUGCCAGGAGUCCGAAGAAUCCAGAGUUGUUGUGAUGAUCAUCUUGAUGAGAUCACGUGCCCUGAGGGGAUGGAUGAACGCACAGAGGAAGAGGAGGAGCUCCAUCUCCCUGUUGCUGAACGUGGGACACUGCUAGAGCAGAAGAAGAGUAACACAGGGAGUUGAGUUAUGUAUGAAGGUAGUCUGUUUUGGUUGACAACUUCUUUGUUGUUGUGAAAUGUUCUAUGUUCACUGAAGUGGAUGUGGAUGUCUUCCUAUCAUAGUUUACUGUAUGUAUCGGUAGCCAAUGACUGUAGCUUGAUUGGCUUGGGUCAAAUGAUACAGGGUUUGUUUUGUCUAUGGCCCAGUCUUAGCUGAUGUCCAGCCUAGUCUUCCAGCCUCACUGGUGGCUUAAAUUGUUUAAUCUCUUUGGUGGUGGUGCUACUGAUAUUGUAACUGGAAGGUUUACUGGUCAAGCUCAACGUCACAUCUAAUCUGGCCUUGCUUGAUAUCUCAGGGGAUAUCACAGUACAUGUAAUACACAAUACCCCCACAAGAGGGCAUACGUACACCAUAAUUUUUUAUGUGAACUGUGAAUAUUUUUGGGUCAGUGAUCCCUACCCUAAAUCCUAACCUUAAACCACAAGCAAUACCUUAAUCCUUACAUUAAACUAUUUUACAUUUCAACUUCUGUGGGGUAGGCACGUCCCAAGGAUCCUUGAUAACAGAUGAAUGUAUUAUUAUAACAUAUUACAUGAUAUGUAAUAAAUAUACACAUUUGCUAAAUGAUUAUAAAGAAUAUUUGCUAUA